AGGUAUCGUAUAAAUAGUACUCUUCGAUAGCUUUGACCAGUCAGUCAGAUAUAGACGUCGAAAAAUGAAUACAUUCUUGAAAUUACUGGUGCUUUUCACCAUCUACAUUGGUUGUUCCGGCGUUUGUGCCAAGCGUCAGCGUCGUCCAAACUUAACCCAUCCCAUGAACGUCAGGAUCAAAAACAAGUUUAAUUCGAACGGCAACACACUGAGGUUCUUCGACCAUCGAUAUCCUAUAGAAAAUAACAAGGAAAAUAAUGAAUGUAUCCACAACUUAUGUUACAACAUUACAGAUUAUCCUAGUGAAAGAGUAAAAGAUCUAAUAAUCAAAAAGGAAGAAUUUCAUCAUCUGUUUGGAUCCAUCGUUCAGCCAUACAGACCGCCAGCUAUUUUGGAAAAAUCUGCUAUUGACAACGAGGAUGUAAAUAUGUGUGCCGUUGUCAAGUAUAGAAUAUGGCCACAGACAGCGUUAAAUAAGGACUUUAAAAAAGUAUGGAUCGCUAACGUGGACAAUUACAAGCAAGACGUGACUUUUGAAGUUUGCCUGCCCAACAAAAAAUGUUUCAUGGAUAGUCACAUGCCAUCCAAUUUUGAAACAUUCUGUAAGCAACAGUAUACAGUAAUCAAACUGGUCAGUAUGAAGGACGACGAUUUAGUUUUGGAGAGCAUUCCGAUUCCAUCCAGCUGCGCCUGCUCUUACAGAAAUGCAGUUGCGGGGUAAACAAUGAAUGUUAAAUUUAUGUAAUUGAAAUAAUUAAUAAACGUCAUUUUGCCAA